AUGGUGAAAGAGAAUCGCACCUUGUCUACCGACUUCAUUCUGCUCGGUCUCUUCCAAGAUGUGGGCUCUCCCAAGCUCCUCUUUUCCCUGGUCUUCAUGGCCUUUUGCACAGCCCUGCUGGGUAACAUGACCAUGAUGGCUCUCAUCCACAUGGACUCCCGCCUCCACACGCCCAUGUACUUCCUGCUCGGCCAGCUCUCCACAAUGGACCUGUUGUACAUCUCCACCAUCGUCCCCAAGAUGGCCGCCGACUUCCUUUCUGGCAGGAAGUCCAUCUCCUUUGGGGCCUGUACCGCUCAAAUAUUUAUCUACCUGACCCUGGGGGGAUCCGAAUGUUUCCUGUUGGCCUUCAUGUCCUACGACCGGUACGUCGCUGUCUGCCACCCGCUCCGAUACCCGGUCCUGAUGAACGGAAGGGUCUGUGUCCUCAUGACCGUCGGGUCCUGGCUCCUGGGUGCCCUCGACGGCCUGCUUUUGACACCCAUCACCAUGACCUUCCCUUUCUGCCGCUCCCGGGUGAUUCAGCAUUUCUUCUGUGAGGUCCCGGCUGUCCAGAGGCUGUCAUGUGUGGACACCUCCCUCUAUGAGACCGCCAUGACUGCCUGCUGCUCCAUCAUGCUCCUGGUCCCGCUCACGGUCAUCGCUGUGUCCUAUGGGCUCAUCCUCUCCACAGUGCUCCAGAUGAAGUCCUCACAGGGGUGGAGGAAGGCCUCGGCCACCGGUUCCUCCCAUCUGAUGGUGGUGGGGCUCUACUACGGGGCCGCCAUCUUUACCUACAUGCAACCUGGCUCUUUACGAAGCCCCGGGCAGGACAAGGCUGUCUCCGUGUUCUACACCAUCAUCACUCCCAUGCUGAACCCUUUUAUCUACAGCCUGCGCAACAGGGAGGUGGCCAGGGCACUGAGAAGGUGUCUACAGAGGUGUGCUUUUUCCCACACUGGAAGAAAUGAGGUUUCUUAA